GGAGAGAUGCCUGUGAUGAGAGGGAGAGUCGCCCUCAUCCUCGGCUUCGUCGUUCUGACAACUUUCCUGGCGGCGGUGCGAGGGCUGCCCGUGAGGAAACAGCGCAGCAACAGCCCGAAGGAGAGGAGCUCCAAGCUGGAGGAGGUCUCUGCCUCAUCCGACCCCCAUUCAGCAAGGGACGAGGAGCUGCCGCCAUCGGGCAAGGCACGGGGGCUGAGGCGGAGUGGGCAGGCUGGCCCCCGGCGGCACAGGCGCCGUGGGGUGGUUCAGCAGGCUGCCAGGAGCCCAGAGAUGCCCCAGCCCAGCAACACUGGCCGGGAGGAGAACCUGCCCUUCAUGCUGGACCUGCAGAGCUUGCCAGGGCUGGCCAACGUGGACCUGAGUGCCCAGAACCCCAACAUCCAGGUGACCAUUGAAGUGGUGGAUGAUCCUCAGGCUGAGAUGGAGAUGGACUUACUGAAGGAGACAAGCAAUGACUGGUCCCUGACGUCCUCUGAGUGGUUGUCUCACAAGGACCUCUUCUGGCCCCUCUUCUGGGAAUACACUGACCCCGCUGAGGAGGAGGAGGAAGAGGAAGAGGAGGAAGAGGAUGACAAUCUGGAUGUAGGGGACAGGGAGGAGGAAGAGGAGGAGGAGGAGGAAGAAGAGGAGGAGGAGGAAGAUUACACAGCAGAGUAUGAGGAGGAGGAGUCCACGCUCAGUGGAGUGGGAGGUGACUGGGAUCAGCGGUGGCCAGGGCAGAAGAACUGGAUCUUUAAGGAAAAAUAUAAUUACGACUAUGAAGAUGAGGAGGAGUGGAGCCCGUGGUCCCCUUGCAGCAUCACCUGUGGCAGUGGCAACCAGAAGAGGACCCGGUCCUGUGGCUAUGCCUGCACAGCAACGGAAUCGAGGACCUGCGACCUGCCACGCUGCCCUGGAGCAGAGGGGGAAAUGGUCUUCACCACAGAGGAGACACCUUUCAAAAAUGACAACACCACAGAGAUGUUCAACUCAGAGGUGGACAGCUGUGAGAAGUGGCUGAACUGCAAGAGCGACUUCCUCACCAAGUACCUCAGCAAGGUGUUGACGGACCUGCCCAGCUGCCCUUGCUCCUACCCGCUGGAGGCCGUCUACAGUGCUGUCAACCUGCGGGAUGAGCGGCAGGGCAAGAGCUUCCGAUGGCGGGACGCCAGUGGCCCCAAGGAGCGCCUGGACAUCUACAAGCCGACAGCGCGCUUCUGCCUGCGCUCCAUGCUCUCCCUCGACAGCACCACCCUGGCCGCCCAGCACUGCUGCUACGACGAGCACACCCGCCUCAUCACCCGUGGCAAGGGGGCCGGUGUCCCCAACCUCAUCAGCACAGAGUUCUCCCCGGAGCUGCACUACAAGGUGGACAUGCUGCCCUGGAUCCUCUGCAAGGGUGACUGGAGCCGCUACCAUGCCGUCCGGCCCCCUAACAACGGGCGACGGUGUGCUGACAACCCCGCCGAGGAGGAGUACCUCUCCCAGCUGCAGGAGGCCAAGGAGUACUAGCCACAGCCACGCUCAGAGGAGCCAUGGCCACCGCCGGCUCCCACCCUGGCCCAGCCUGGCGAAGCCCCAGCCCCAUUCAUGGGCUCCUCGCUGGCGCCAGGCAGAGCUGGGAGGAUGCGCCGUCCAUCUUGUCCCCUCAGAGGGGCGCCUCGGCCCCCCUCAGAGUUCUGAGGGCUCUGGAGGUUAUCCUGGUGUGAUCCCUGCCGUGCCACUCAGGGGGGUCCCGCACCCCGGGGUGCCUGAGCUAGCACACGGGGAGAUGCCGGGGAUGGGAGGCGUUAAGGAACUGGGGGGCCGCUCCCAUCUGCUUAUUGCAGCCUUGAAAGCUGAGCAUCUGCAGGGUGAAAUGGCCUCAGCUCCUGCUGGCCUGCUGCAGGCAGAGCUGCCUGCUCUUGCCUGUACGCCUGCCCUGCCACACACCGGUCUUCUUCUGAAAGUGGGGGUGGUCCUCCUAGGGAGGGGCAGGGCUGUCCCAGCCACAGCUAUGGAGCGGGGCCUCCCCUCUCCUCCAUGUGCGGUUGGGAAGGAGCAGGGAGAGGCUUGGCAGGGGUUCAGGGGGAGAGUGGGGCAGGAGGAGACUGGCCCCCUGGGCUCCUCUGGCAAGAUUGCCUUGCCACAGUGGUUUUGGCUGUGAAAGGGAGCACUGGGUGCCAAAGCCAAACAGGGCUGGACCUCAGAGGAGGUCAGCAUGGUAGGGGACACCACCUGUGUGCUUUUCUGCCUCAGUGCUUGGGGGAGCAGGGUGGCAGCACCCAUGCAAGUCCCACCACCAGCCCACCUCCAUCUCUCAGCUCCC